CCGGAGGAAGCCUUCAGAUUUGCCCGAGAUUCGGACAAGACUCUCAUUGACGUGCGACUUUUGUCAAGGCCGAUUAAUCCACCCAAAUCUACAUCUCGCCCACCCUCUCCUCGUCUCCUCGCUCGUCAUCGCCCAUAAUGUCUUCUCUCUGGAACGCUUUCACCAGCGGCAAUAAGCCCGCCCACCAGCAGCAACAGUCGCAGUCUCAGUCGCACCAACAACCCACGACACAAGAACCCGCGCAUUACGCCUACGACCCCACGGAAGGUCAGGGCGUCGAGUCUUUUCUUCAGAGCUCUGCCUUUGCCGACCCCUCGCAAUUACAUCCCCUCGCCGGCCUCAACAGAGAUACACUUGAAUAUAUUUCCCUCGAGGAUUCAGCCCUGUCCGAGUUGCCUGGUGGCCAAUCAGUCCUGCCCUCGCGAGGCUUCACAGACGACUUGUGCUACGGUACCGGAAUCACAUACCUUGCUGGUCUGGGAAUUGGAGGUGCUUGGGGUCUGCAGGAGGGUCUCAGAAGGUCGGCCGGUCAGCCUCCCAAGCUUCGAUUGAACGCUGUUCUCAACUCGGUUACUCGACGAGGACCUUUCCUGGGUAACUCGCUGGGUGUCGUCGCUAUUAUCUACAACUGCAUCAACUCAUUGAUUGGAUCUGUCCGCGGAAAGCAUGAUGCCGGAAACACUGUCCUCGCUGGUGCGCUGAGUGGUAUGCUCUUCAAGAGCACCCGUGGACUUCGACCCAUGGCCAUCUCUGGUGGUAUUGUGGCUUCCGUCGCUGGUGCUUGGGCUAUUGUGCGACGAUCUUUCUUCCCUAUCCCAGAGCCCGCUCCUGCGGUCUCUGACGAGCUUACUCUGUAAUACCAUUAUGAUACACCUAUUCACCGUUGUCGUCAAUUGAUCGACUCGUUAUAAUCGUGCCUUAGUGGGCACGCGGCACCGACGAAAAAAUGAACGAAGAGAGGCGAGCUGGAGGAUGAAGUACGGGAAGAGAAGGGAUUCCCCGUUGUAUAUGAUAUGGGCGAGACUAGGAGUUUGGUAGCAUAUGGAUUGUAACGGACAUCUCUCCUCCCAUGGGCAAGUGUACAUUACAUGAGGUUCGGUCAGCGAGCAUUAGACGAUUGUGAUAGGGGCUGGGCGUCUGGUCAUUAAUGAUUAAAAUGUUUGAAUAGUACUGUAAGUUAAGUCCAGUUAGCCAAUGGAUGUUCAUGGCAGCCUA